GAAAUAAGAAUGAUCAUAGUUGAACAUCAAUAGUCUAUGACUCUCAGUGUGGGAAAACAAGUACAUGAUAUGCUGUAGCUGAGACUUGUAUAUUUUGCAAAACACUUGGAUACUAGUAUCACUUCGAUAGCAACCAUGAUCGAGAUGGCACAGGCAAUUGAUCCUAUGCUUAACGCUGAAAAUACAUUGACAAAGUGCGGAGACGAUACGACAUGGCGAGAUGUCGAAUGUCUCCUAUAUCAAGAUAACAGCCCAUAUGACAACAUGAUGUUUGGGAAUAACAAUACUCAGGCUGACACCUUCAGUAACCAAGGCAGCCCAAUGAGCACUGCCAGCAGCAGCGGCAGCAGUUCCUGUGGUAGCCCGCAGAUGCCUCAACAACAUUCCAUGCGAAUGGGCAACCCAACGCCCCCUGCCCAGUGCACGGAUGAGAUCUAUGACGAUCUUCUUGACUUUGAUUUCAUUCUGUCCAACAGCAUGAUGCAAGAGGCUAACAUGUACCCAGAAGACAGCGGGUUGAAGUCGGUGAAACAAGAGCGAAUGUCACCAACCAAUGCUGAGACGCUACCAGACUUUUCCUCCGCUUUCUUGGACAUUCCUGACAUAAAAUUCGAUAGUGAAAGUAACACUUAUUUUCCCCAGCUGCAACAACAACAACAACAGCAUCCUCCCCAGCAACAACAACAACAGCAGCAGAAGCUGACCACCCAAAUGAAGCAGGAGUACCCAGCAAUGUCUAACCAGUGUGCCAACUACAAUGCCAGCAUGACUGCCAUUCCUGUGCAAAAUAUGCAGCAACAACAACAACAACAAAUGCCUUACGUACACAUCGGCAACAUGACUCCCCCUGCCUCCCCAGAAAUGAGAGAGGACGGACAGAACCCCAUGAAAGCCAUGCAUUUCCAGAUGAUGCAAACGCAAUACAUGAUGCACCCGCAUCACAUCCUCCCCAAACUCCCCCACCAGGCGCCGCAGAUCACGCCAGUACCUCCGCACGUCAUCACACCACCCAACUCUCCGCAGCUAGUCGAACUUCUCUUUCCUCAGGGUCUUGAUCCAAAUCAACCAAAGAAAAGGGGGCGCAGAACGUGGGGGCGCAAGAAGCAGACCACGCACAGCUGCUCCCACCCGGGCUGCAGUAAGACUUACACCAAAAGCUCCCACUUGAAAGCUCACCUCCGCACACACACGGGAGAGAAGCCAUACCACUGCAACUGGAAGGGUUGCGGAUGGAAGUUUGCCCGCUCCGACGAGUUAACGCGCCACUACCGCAAACACACGGGGGAUCGCCCUUUCCAGUGCCACCUCUGCGAGCGCGCGUUCUCUCGCAGCGAUCACCUGUCUCUGCACAUGAAGAGGCACAUCUAAACCGCACGUGGCUGGCAUGAGCCUGAAAUCAUUGCUUUUUUCUAUGCUGUAUAGACAUUUUUACGCUGAACUGCCGUUGAUUGAGAUUUCUUCUCUUUUAACUGGUCAACUUGUGAGCAUGAUAUUGUGCGAGUUAGCCAAUGCAUGCUGGGAUGGUGUGUCAAGCGUUGUCUAUGCAAGCGUCGCCGUCGUUGGCGUCUGUCAGGCUGUCGGGGUACUGCGCCGAGGUCCGUGGGAUGCGCAAGAUGUCUUACCAAGAACUGUGGCUGUUCCAGUGAGGGACGCCAUACCUCGACUUAACGGUCAACUUACCUUAGCUGCUCGUAUGAGCCAAGGUUUCAAUCGACGGUCACCUAGCCGAGUCUCAUCUCUGGCGUUUCGUAAUGAACGCGGUGACUGUUUUUUAGUUCGUUAACGAUGCAGGUGUUCCAACAACGUUAAAACACUCCAUAAGAGAGCUGAUGGCAUGUUUUGUUUUAAUGCCCGUUUGUUAAGAUCGUGCAAUUUGUUUUGCAUGCAUGUUUUAAUUUCUUUUUUUUUGUGAUACCCUUGGAUGAGGCAACUUUCCGGGUUUUAAGUUUGUACAUUAUAAUUUUGUUUCAUAUACAUAUUUUGCUGGACAAAUGCCUAUUUAUAGCGUGUACAUAAUGUUAUUUUAGCGCUAGCUUGUCACUUAAUGAUUUUUAAAUCAUUAUUAUUUUUUAUUUCUCCGGCUCUUCAUUUUUGCCAAUCUAAACCUUCAGAUAGUGGGUACAGGGUAUCCUUUUAUGUCUGACAUGUUAAACAAAAUACGUUAUUUCGUAUAUGCACGUAGCUACUUAUGUAGUGGUCUAUUAUAUACGCAGCUCACGAGGUGUAGGCGUCAAGUCCACGAUGCAGCGCAUCGUUUAAGUAUAUAGUAGGAACGCUGAAGCCAGUAUAUACUCAGUUAUUGCCAAAUAUAUAUUUAUGUAAAUCUUUCUGUAAGCUGUACAAAUUACGUGAUUAUGGUGCUCUACUGUUGAUGAAUUCCAUUUAAAAGAAUUUGUAUUUUUGUACGAGAAAUUGCAUAUAUUCGCAUAUUUAAUAUUAUACAUUAUCUAGUCACGCAAUAUACAGGGCAAGUACUGUACAGAUGUGUCACGAAGGUACGAAUGUCUGAUUGUAACAUCUUCACUCGAAAAUGUCUUUUAAAAUUGAAAAGAUCAUAGUAUGAAUUGUGAUAUAUUGGUAGUCUGAUAAAGUGCACAUUUUCUGAUCAGUUUUGUCACAUUUAUACAUGUGAACAAUUUGUACGAUGUGCCAGCGUAGCUGGAACAAUGUCAUUUACAAUGCAAGUUAAACUGAAAAAUAAAUUAUUAAAACUUAAUCA